CUGGAGGAUCUGAAGAUGGAAAAGUACGAGAAGAUGGGGAAGAUCGGCGAAGGUUCGUACGGCGUCGUCUUCAAGUGCAGGAACAAAGACACGGGACAAAUCGUGGCCAUCAAGAAGUUUGUGGAGUCGGAGGACGACCCGGUGAUCAAGAAGAUCGCUCUGAGGGAGAUCCGCAUGCUCAAGCAACUGAAGCACGCCAACCUGGUCAACCUGAUCGAAGUGUUCAGGAGGAAGAGGCGGCUCCACCUGGUGUUCGAGUACUGCGACUACACCGUGCUCACCGAGCUGGACCGACACCCCCGAGGAGUCCCGGAGCCUCUCGCCAAAACCAUCACGUGGCAAACGCUUCAGGCCGUCAACUUCUGCCACAAACAGAACUGUAUCCACCGCGACGUGAAGCCAGAAAACAUCCUCAUCACCAAACACCACGUCAUCAAACUCUGCGACUUCGGAUUCGCCCGAAUCCUCACCGGUCCUUGUGAUUACUACACGGACUACGUGGCGACUCGCUGGUAUCGGGCCCCGGAGCUGCUGGUGGGGGACACUCAGUACGGGCCCCCGGUGGACGUGUGGGCCGUGGGCUGCGUGUUCGCCGAGCUGCUGUCGGGUUUGCCCCUGUGGCCCGGGAAAUCGGACAUGGACCAGCUCUACCUCAUCAGGAGAACGCUGGGUGACCUCAUUCCUCGACAUCAGCAGGUUUUCAGCAACAAUCAGUUCUUCAGCGGCGUGUCCAUCCCAGAGCCUCAGGAGAUGGAACCUCUGGAGCAGAAGUAUCCAAACGUGUCUCCUCAGGCUCUCAGCUUCAUGAAGGGUUGUUUGAGGAUGGACCCGUCCGAGCGUCUCUCCUGUGAGCAGCUGCUCCGUCACUCGUACUUCGAUUCGCUCCGAGAGAAAAACCAGAAAAACCCGACCGCGUCCAGAGACCAAGACCGGACCAACAAGAGGCUCCGACCCCCACGGAAGCACCUCCCUCCUGGGUAUCUUCCGCAGUUGACGGGCAGCAGCAUCUUCCCGGCUCUGGACCACAAGAAAUAUUACAACAACCUCAGAAAGUUCAACUACCACCUGCCCAACAUCUGAGCCUUUCACGCUUUCACCAGAAUCCACCGAGAAUCCACCAAGAAUCCACGAGAAUCCACCGAGAAU